GCCUCGCAGACCGCGUUCAGUCUUUGCCAAGCCUUGGUAGGGUGUGGAUGUGCGUUUCCAUGUAACUGAGUUGACGGUUGUCUACGAGCUUGCUACAGGAUGAGCCGCCUAGAAAUGUCAUUUCAUCUGAUGCACGACAAUUGGCCUAUAUAACGGAGAGCGUCUUCUGCAUAUACAUCAAUUUCGUGCAUACCGCAGCGUCGCCGGUUUAGCUUCCUUCAGCCAAGUAUUUUCGACCUCCUCACCGACCUCCUCCUCAACACUCCAGCAAAAACGUGUACGAAAAAAUUGUGACCAUGGAUUCAUUGAAAAGAACGAAGCAACCAAAGCUCCAGAAGGCGUCUAAGAUUGUAAAAAAAAUGUUGAUCGACUCUGCCGACCCACAAAGACAGCUGAGCAGCCUCAAAAUCCGCUCGAAGAAACGAAGCGAAAGCAAAAGCGCAACGCGCUUCUCAGCAACGCCUUCAUCGCGUGAUCUCGAGGAAAACGUUAAGAAUAUCAGUACAGACGCUAAGCACACAAACUCUGACCAAAAGACCAAAAGUAUUAAAAUUAAAUUCUUUAGCGGGAAGAAAAGUGUCGGUCAAAGAGAAUCGUGUAAUGAGAAGUUUAACUGUGAAGCCAACGUCGGGUCACAAAGUUUUCCAAGUGCUGAAAACCCUAAGGCUGCUGGAAGUGAUGUAAUUACAUGGUCCGACAACGAUGUCAUCGGUCCCAGUCUUGAACUGUUGACCGUUCUGGAUGACUUCAGCCACAACAAAGGCCACAAGUUCCCCCAGAACUGGACCACACCUGUGGUCCCAUCACACUUCGCACAUCAUGAACGACCACGCAUCGAGUCUCACAGUUCCUGCGACUGCAAAGCGCGACCCGAGAAAGGAAUUUGUGAAACUUGUGAGGAAAGGAAACAUUUCUUCCACGAUAUUGCUCACUCUUUUCAAUCCUUGAAGGACAUUUUCAAAAAGCACGAUGCUGAGAUGAAUAUAUGUCCUAAACAGGCGCACAGUCUGUUAGGUGUGGGAGUUACGUUUGCUUCUGUGUUUGGAAAGUCUGAGAACAUCAUUCAAUAUGUUGAUGCACGUGCACCGAUCAGCAUUUUUGAUGAUGAGGAAUCGAACUGUACAAUAACGGAUGUUCAAAAUGGCAUUCAGCUAAAUAAUGUCGGUAAAAUUGAGUUUGAGAAGCACCCUGGUGAUGCAUCUUUUCCACCCACCUCACUAUUGAAUAAGGAUUUAAAUUUUGCAUUAUUAUCGGAUCAUUCUCAUCAAGAUAACAAUGAAGCUGCGCUCGUUACGACUACAGAGGGCUGCUUUUUGGACCUCAGCAGAAUAAGAAAAACUUCUGAAGGAGGCGUUGUUGGAAAUUGUGCCUGGAAAGCGAAUACUUCGGUACUAGCAUUAUCUUUCAACGAACUUCUCCACGAACAACAAUAUGACGCUGACACACUGAUGGCAGCCUUCUUCACAACCAGCACGCUGAAUUGUUGUUCACAAUUCGGCAAGGUUUUGUUGGAGGCACCAUCUCAUUGUACUAAUCUCUCAUUUUGCAUGGAUAUGAAUCCAGAUGGUAAUUCUGUUAAUCAGACAGCAGCAGAUUGCUGUGGUACCGCUCGUGACAUGAUCGUAACCACCCUCGUGGUGCGAGGUUCCCAUCUUGGAGUCGUGAGCACAAUCAGCGUGUUGAAGAGAACAGUUGUGGUUGGAAGAAGUUCAGCGGCAAUCCUGGAUUCUGAGGAGCUGGAAAUUUUGAUGGUGAUGAGGACGUGUUCAUCGGAGUGCAUUUCUGUUCAUGGAUCUCGCCCUUGCGAGACCACACACUUGCCCUCGAAGAGAUCGGACCCAAGCUGUCAGAACAGAGAUUCGGGCCUCUAACGCCUGCUAUACCUCAUUCAUUAAGCUGUAUAUUUGCCUUCAGCUUCCAGACAUGCUGCUUAUUGGUUCUGAAUUCUUUGGAUUUUUUACUACUAUAUACAGCAUUAAGACUGAAAAGAUACUCGUAAUUUAUUUAUAAUGAUCACUUUUUACAAAAGAGAGCUUUGGAGCAACGAGUAUUUCAGGAUAUGUGGAGCAUCAAUAAACUUAGAGGUAUCAAUUCGCAUAACUAAUUUUAACAAAAAUUACUCCACAAAUUUUUCCCGAAGCGCUAUGUGAGCGUCUUCUAAAUAUUCAAUUAACGUCUACUGAAAUCUACACAUAUUGUACUGAUAUAUCUCAUCAAAAGUAUUUUUGCCCUCUUCUGCAUUCGCCACCUCAAAUACUCCUCAUCAAACCUGAGUUGUGCGUGUCUAGUCUUAUGUUCUGUGCGGUGGGCAGGGCAAGGCACUUAAUCAUAAGGACAAUUUCCAGUUUUACUUCGACGUAAUUUAUGUUUUAUUUAUAAAUCCUUAGGAUUCCUGAAGGGAAGGUUCGGGUCCAGGAAGAAAUUUUCUUCUAGCUAGGCAGAUGUUGUGUCUGGAGAAUUCCGGGCAAAUUUAUCGCGUGACGACCAUCUUCUUGUGAUAUUUUUAGAGCAUCCCGAUAACAAAUGAACAAAUAGUGUGAAUUUCUCUAACCACUUAUUGUAAUCCUAUGUCUUUCUAGUUUGAUAGAUACCCAUAGCGGCAUUUAUGUGUUUAAUCCAUGUGAAUGCAUACCGAGUGUUUAAAGCGAACCCUAUUUAUCCAUUUUCUAACUUCAUGCAUUUUCGAUUGUUUCUAUUAUAGAUAAACCCGGCAUCUCGUGAACGGAAGGUGCUUUUCCUUCUUCAUGCAACACAGAAUUUCAUGAAUUGCGUUCAAUUAGAUUUCUCUAAUGAUAAUUUCCAGUGGAUCACUCAUGCGAAUAAAAUUAUACAUGGACUAAAAAGAGUCUCUCCCCAUGAUGCUAUUUGACUUGAAUGCUCGCUGUGCGAGGUUCAUGUCAAGCCUUUAGUAUUGCAUGGAACACACGUGAAAUCUAACUCUAAUGAUCCCUUUACCUUGAGAAUAAACCACAUACCUGCA